CCACCACCUACCUCCUCCCUCUCUGCCUCCCGCCCCUUCCUCCCACCACCAUCCCCAUCCCCCUUCGCCUUCCCCCACCACCUCGACCUCCUCGACCUCUACCUCCCCACUGACCCCUUCUUCGUCCCGCCCCUCAUCCCCUCCCCGCAUGCCUUCCUCCUGCACGACCUCACCGACCGUGUCGCCGUGCUCGAGCUCGCAGCCCGCGCGGCCGCCCCGCAGCCGGCGCGCCGCAAGUACACCUACGCGGCCACGGAGCCCGGCGGCCGGAAGGUCAAGUGGACGGCGGAGGAGAAGCCACGCGGCAGGGGCCGGGCGCUCAAGUGGGAGGCGGAGCUCGCCUCCCCCAACGACGACGGAUUCGACCGCAAGUGGAGGUGGGAGGCCAAGUCCAAGGGUGGCGCCGGAGGCAAGACCAAGAGCAAGUGGGGCACCGAGAUCAAGGGCAAAGGCUCGCUCGAGCCAUGGUCGCAUGCCUACACCUGGGAGGAGGACUUCACCGCCUCCGACGACGACGAGGAUGAGCUGGAGGUCGAGGAGCGCAGGCCGGAGAAGCCCAAGAAGAUCAAGGCCGCCGCCAAGGACAAGGAGGAUGACAAGAAGAAGAAGAAGCCAGCAAGGACGUGCAUCCAGAUCGAGGAGAUCCCCGAGGAAAACACCGCCGGCUGCGACGCCAUCUGCAAGGCCUUUGCCAUGGGGAACGGCAAGGGGAAGGCCAAGGAGCUGUCGCCGCAGGAUGCCGCGCUGCUCAUCCAGAUGAACUACAGGGCGCACCUCACCCACCGCUCCCAGGUGCUCAGCUGCCUGCGCGAUCUCGCCCUCGCCAAGGCCAUGCUCAAGGAGCUCCGGUCCCUCUUCUACAACCUCUCCUACAGGCGCCGCCUCUUGCAUGACCACGAGGAGCACCAGAGGUUCUCCGAGAAGAUCAUUGUCUUGCUCCUCACUGUCGACGCACUCGAGGUGAGCUCCGUCACAGCCUGUUUACGAUUGCCGAUUGCUGAUUGCUGAUUGCCAUUGCUGUGUUGUGGAUUUGAAAUUCAGUUACUGCAUACACUGGUUAAGACUAUUACUAGUGAGACAAAAAAUAAAUAAAUGAAAGCACACAAGGAUGAUUACCAUGCUAUUUAGCUCAGCAUCUAUCCAACAUAUGUAUGCACUUGAGAUGAUCACCAUCAGAACCUGUUCGUCAUUGCCAUGGCUGUGUUGUGAAUUUGAAAUUUACUUGCUAGUUAGUACAGUACAUUGUUGGUUUGAGGAUGGUCUAUCAGGGUUGUGUACAUAAGUAUGAUUUUCUAGCAGUGCUUUAGUGUCUGAAGGUAUUGGUUAGCGAUGCAUUAUAAUUGAAAAAAUAAAUCAAAGCUCACUACAAAGAUUAAGAUGCUAUUGAACAUCUUUUCUUGUCAAUGAUGAGUGUGCAUGUAUAUGUGCUCAACCAAGUAUGUAGUUCCUGUUAACACAUAUUGCACGAUCACUUUUUCAAUAAAUAUGGUAGAAUGGGUGCCAACACUCCUCAGUAUGGAGAUAAAUACUAUCAUGUUGACGGGUAAUGUUUGAUCUGAGUUCUCAGUUGUAUCUUCGGUGCUUCAUUAGGUCCAAGCAUGAUAAUAUUCUUACAUUCGGUACUGUUACUUGUUUCCCAGUUAUAUCUUAUAUCGAAUGAUUUCCAUGGUAAUGGUAUAUCAAGUGCAGGGGCCUCUGGGCAUUUAAAUGUUUGUUUCAGCUUAUGGUAGCUGAACUAACAAUACCGUGAACAUUUCUAAGGCCAUGCUGUUAUUGAGUAUAGUGAAGGAGAAUGUAGUCUGUUUCUUGUGAUAACUGAAUUAUUUUCUGUCAUUGCCAUUGCCCCUGUAGGAUUACGCGUCUGUUCAUCAGUUACUGUGUUUAUAGCUCUCAUUAUUUUAUGAACUCGAAUAGCAUGGGUUGCUUCCUGUUCUUGUGCUACCUUUCACUCUUUUAUGAACUAAC